AUGCACCUUGGACUCUCUCUCUCUCUGGCCCCAGGCGAUCUCGGCACCCUGUUGCCUAUUCUGCUUGCUCUGUCCAAGUCAAACCAGACCUCGCUUGCGGCGUCGCUGAUCUGGGGUGGUCUCUACAAUAUCGUCUCGGGCUACAUUUUCAGAAUCCCUAUGUGUGUCCAGCCCAUGAAGUCGAUCGCGAGUGUUGCCCUCGUCAGCAAAAUGACUCCGACGCAAAUCGAAAGUGCAGGACUCUCGGUCUCGGCCAUCAUCUUCCUGCUUUCGAUCACCCACACCAUCACCUGGGUCGCCCACCGCCUUCCCACCGAGCUCGUCCGCGGCAUCCAGCUCGGCACCGGGCUCAACCUCGUCCUCAACGGCGUUACCGCCGUUCUGGCUUCUCACCAAUGGGCCUUUGUCAAUGGCCAGUGGAUGGACAACUUUGUCGUUGCCAUCUUGGUUGGUGCCGCCGCCCUGUCUGUCUACAAUGCCAGGCGCAAUCUCUCGGCCCUGGGACUGUUCCUGCUCGGCUUGGUGUUUGCCUUGGUCGCCAUCUGGGCACCUCCGGCCGGCACUCCUCCUCCCGCCAAGCCGGCUUUCACUCUCUACUCGCCCCAGGUCCUCGUGCCAUCCUGGGACGACUUUCGCAUCGGAUUCAUGACCGCGGGGCUCGGACAGCUCGCUCUGACGCUGCUCAACUCGGUGGUUGCCGUGUCUCGUCUCGCUGACGACCUGUUCCCAAACUCGAGCGAUACCCCCGUCGCCAGCGUCAAGUCCAUCGGCGUGAGCGUCGGCCUGUUGAACUUGGUCGGCUGCUGGUUCGGCUCGGUCCCAUACUGCCACGGCUCCGGCGGCCUCGCUGCCCAGUACCGGUUCGGCGCACGCUCCGAGGUCAGCAUCGUCAUGCUCGGCAUCUUCAAGAUCCUGCUGGGCCUGUUCCUUGGCCAGUCCCUGGUUGGAGUUCUGGAUCAGUUCCCACAGUCGAUCUUGGGCGUCAUGCUGAUCCUGGCCGGCCUUGAGCUAUGCACCGUCAUCAAGGACCAGAGCUUCGACCUGGCCGCAUACGACCGCACCGUCAUCAACGACCGCUUUGUCGUCAUGUUUGUUACCGCCGGAGGUGUUGUCGGCUUCAAGAACGACGGCAUAGGGUUCCUGAUUGGCGCCAUGGCCUGCGCGCUGCUCUAUCUCCAGCAGCGCCAGCGCCAGCGCACCCUGGCCAAGGCCAAUGCGGAUCUGGGUGCAUCAACCCUCACCGAAGGCGGAAUCUAG